AUGUCUACCACCGCAUUCGAAUGGUUCCCACCACCCACCAUCCAUCUUUCCAAAUUCACUCCGAACACCAUCCCGGGCGUCGACGCUGAAUCAACUCUUUCUCUACAGAACGUUCUCCGAGAUAACCAUGUGAAGUGGCACGUCUUUUUUAAUCGUCUACUAAGGUUUCAUAACCAUAUUACCCACCAUGUUCUUGCAAUUUUUGCCCUUGGGGCGAACAAGAAAACCAUUGAAGCCGUCUAUCAAGAGUAUAUUCCCAUGCAAAGUCCCGCCAUCAAGUCUCCGAAUAACAUAUCCUCGGAGAAUUUUAUUACUCACUUGGGAGAUGAUCAAUAUUACGAGGCGUACAAGACCUUUUUCCGAGAGAACAUCAGAGAAAAAGGAAUCGCGACGGUGCUAGAGGAGUUCGUCUUCUCACCAUCUGCUAAUGUCAACUCUGCUGGGGACAAGCAGCCGGCUAUGCUUAAACGAUUGCUCAGUGGUUUGGUGCAUCCCAUCAUUCACACUGGGUAUGGUCUUGAAUUCGGUUUGCCGGGUAUGAUCGUCGAAGGCCUCGCGCAGGCGGCAGUUCAUCAUGAUCAACUCGAACUGCUCUUCCCUCCUUCCUUCUUCGAACCAGUCGAUACCCUCACAGGGAAGCUUUCCGCCAAUCUCACGUUGGACUCGGACCCGAGUGGCAACACAGAAAUCCAUGCUUUCGAUAUCUUAGCACGGGUUCUAAAGGAUGACACGCUGAAAUUUCCGGAUACUAGCGAUCCCGAAUUUUUCGCAUAUACGCUUCGAGACAACGGAGAGACCCUGCUUGGAUAUGCGAACCAAUGGACGCUCGAUCCCAAGGAUGUGAAUCGUAAGAUCGAAGAAUUGGAGUGGAUGAACACCAUCCUAUACGCCGUUGCUGGUUCUCACCCUGGAAAGAAGUUUUAUGCUGAUUUCUUCUACAUGCAUCUCGUCACCUCGUCGUUGUUUUUAUCCCCUUUCGCUGCAUAUCUCAGUCCUCCUUCACAAGCGCUCCUUCUCCGUAGUUACAUGGCCGUUUCCCUCGCUUGGUGGGUAGCUCGAGGCCGGCCCGGAUUCGACAUACCGAACUUCUUCGAGGCAGCGAUCCAGGAUUCGGAGCCUGCCGCCAGCUCAUCAACCCCAACCUGGAACUUGCCGUCUGCUCCCAAUCCAUGGUUCGCUAUCAUUCAGCAAGCAAUUGUCCACCCGGAUGAUCAUUUAUGUAAAAUCCAGAGAGCGUUUGUGCACUAUGCGACACUUUAUGGGGCACGUCCGCGCGAUGAGCUCGACUUUUCGCAGACGGAACUCGAGGGAGCGGAGAGGCUGGAUGGGACACUCUUUCUGCGCGCGGCGCAAUUGACGGCAAAACAUUUCGAGUAUGAAGGGAAAGGGGAGAAGUAUCCGGCUGCGCAAACUUUGUGGGACUUUAAUUAG